UGAUCACUACAAUCUCAUUUUUUCUUUACGAGGAAAUAAUCAAAACACUCUUUGAUAAAUAUAUAUAAAUUCAAAUUGGUGACACGAAGAUGGCUAACAUUUAAAACAAAAAUAUGCAUAAUAUUAUUAGAGUAAAUAUGUUUUCAAAUCACACAUGUAAAUUAAAUCUUCUAAGCAAUCAUUUUAUUUACAUUUCUUAGAUAUUCUAGAGAUGAACAUGUAAAUGGUCCGUAUACCACAUUAACGUGUGAAUGUGAAUCACACUUUAGAAAAUGUUUAUUUAUUGUACAUAUUGUAUGACACAAUCAUUGCUUACUGGUAUAGUAAAUAAAGCAAAAGGUACGUGUAUUUUGAUUAUUUUAGAGCAAAGAAUGUGAACUGCCUGCGACAUAAAGACAGGAGAAAACAAUGAGACGGGUUAUACCAGUUACGGCACAAUUGUUAUUUAUUUGGAUGGUUCUAUUUGUGUUUGUCCUGUUGAAAACUUUACCCGAAACCUUUGAAGAGCAACGCAAAAUGUCCGUUACACGUAUCCGGUUAUUCAACAAAAAGGAAAAAUUUAUUGUCGAACAUUCGAAAAACGAAGGUGCACAGCGCAAAACGCUUAACAAGCUCAGGAAAUCAUACAAAGAACGCCUAAACACUUUCCAGCUUAUGGAACCAUCCCGUAAAGACCAAAGGAAUCCUGAUAACACUCAACCGGCUUCGACAACAACACACGAAGAACGUGCUUUAUUCUUACUAACAAAGAUACGCAAAACUAACGAAAAAGCAUGGUUCAGAAAUUUUCAUCCUAAUCCAGGAGAUGGCAGAUAUUUUGAACAUGAGAAACAAGAUCUUAUUGAUACAAAUGUGGACUACAUAGUUACAGAAUCUGGUAAAGUUGAAGUUUCGAACGAUACUGAAAUGAUUACAACUUUAACGGGAAAGGUGGUAAAUGAUACAUACACCGCGGAACUAAUGCAAAAGUUACGUCUCCGGCGUAAAGAAAAUGAAAGACAUUUUUAUACACCAAGGGCAUUUAAGGUAAAUCCAAUUGAGCACAAUUUCAGCAUAAAUGGUUCUCAAAUAUGUGAAACAGAUUCCAAAUAUAUGACAUUACUUAUUGUGGUACCAUCGAUCCCAAGUCAUUCAAAUGUUCGGAAUGCAAUAAGGAAAACGUACGGCUCUUACUCGAAUAAGUCAUUUGUUAUUGACCAUAUAAAUAUAGAAGUGACAGUAAAACUUAUGUUCCUGCUCGGAAAAGACGGUGACGUUAAUACACAGCGAUCUGUUCAAAAUGAAAGUAAGGUAUAUAAUGAUAUUGUUGUGUCUGAUUUUGUAGAAUCGUACAAAAACCUAACAAGAAAAAUGUUGAUCGCCUUAAAAUGGGUAUCUAUUUAUUGCAGUAAUAUAGACUUUCUUUUAAAAGUUGAUGAGGAUGUGUUUGUUGAUAUACCAAAACUUACAAACGAACUUCACAAGAGACUAUAUGGUAUAAAAGGUGCAGUGUAUGGUUAUAUAAACCAGCGUGCUUCUGUGCAUAGGUCUGGAAAAUGGGCUGUAUCAAAGGAUGAAUUUCCUCUGAGCUAUUAUCCGAACUAUGCUUCAGGAAAUUCAUAUGUUAUUUCUGGAAAUAUUAUAACAGACAUGUUUAUAACGUCUGAAUAUAUACCUUAUAUGCCUAUAGAGGAUGCCUUUAUUACUGGGUGUCUAGCGCGGAUACUUCGAGCAAAGGUCGUACCAAUCCCAGGGUUCACCUAUUGGAACGAUGGUGUUCCAGACCCUUGCUCGUUCGUGAAAAAUAGAAAAAUAUCAGCUACCAAAGUAACCAUACCUUUAAUGGGGAAACUUUGGAAAGCAAGCACUUCUUUCAGAGAUACGUGUGAAAUGACUAAAACAAACCAUAGAAAAGCAAAUAUAUCAUCAAAUAAUAUUUAAGUAUUUUCAUUUGGUAACACUGUUUUCGAUAUGUUAUCUUGUUUUGUUAUGCUUAUGUUUGAUGUUGACCAUAUGAGCAGGGUAAAUAUAUCUGUAAAAGUUAGUGACAGUAGCUAUUGAACAAAAGUUGUGAUAAGGUAUUAGAGUGAUCAUCUGCAAACACAGCAACUUAUGGUCAAGUCCACGAGUGACAAUAACGGUAAACAUCCGAUGAUGACCCGGACAUUCUAAUAUCAUUAUUACCAUUUUAUUUACCUGUAGAAACUAGAUAGAUAAGGACAUUGACCAUUAACAUAACAAACAAUAGUCAACAUUACAUCAUAUCGUAAUGAAAUUACAUUAAUGCAUUUGGCAGUAAACAUACACGACACCCAUUACCUAACUUCAUUAACAAUGCACAAUAUUUGUCAACCACUUAGGUGUGUACCCAAUGAAAUAGCAAACUCUACCUUACUGGUGCCAUACCUUUAUAAAAGACACAAUAUCAGUGAAACGUAUUAAUAUUUAUAUAGGUUACAAGAUUGAAGAACCAUCAUUCUAACCUGCAAAUAACCUAGUCAGUGUCCUUAACAUAAACUAUUUAACUCAGUCUUUAUCAUUUCAGGUCCCAAUAAUGUACAGACUGCAUUCAAGUUAAAUAAAAAAAAUUUAUCUUAAAAAGUUGUUGUUGUCUUUUUCCCUAAAUAAAAUCUCAUUAUAAGCAGCUCUUUGUUUUCACUUUGAAAUUUAAGCUGGAGUAGUGUUAGUCCAACAUGCAUCUCAAUUUGUUGUAGGUGAUGAAGAUGCUGAUUUCACCGACAGAGCAUUUUAUUGUACCACGACAUACUAUCACUUCUACUAUAUUUUUUACAACAUUUUAGAACAGUGAUAGUAAACUUUAUUUAACGUUUUUAAAAUAAUUUUUCACUAUUGUUGUAAUACUGUCCUAGUAGUCAUUUCAAAAAGUUUAAAUACAGCUUCAAUUCACUCUGAAGGACCUUUUACUUGUAUGUAAAUAUGAUGUAUAGACUUAAUAUGUAGAUUUUCUUGUUGGAC